CAUCCCACAUCCCACUCACUCCACAUGCUCCCGCACACCGCCCUUCCUAUCGUUGAACAACCGCCGCAGCUGGUGGCCCCUUCUCCCAUAUUGCUGGCGAUCCUUCAUCUGGCCGCCAUCUAGACGCGGAAAAGCUUGGGAAUAUCAACGCGCUGCUACAGUCGUCGCAAAUCGGCAUCGCCGCCCGUCGUUAUUUGAGGGAUGGCGGAAAAGGCCCCGGAAUGGACAAACAUGACCAACUUGGCGAGCGCUACCUUCGGCGGUACGGUCGACUUCGCCACGGACGAGUGGUUCGGAGAAGCCGCGCGGCUGCUUCUGCCCGGCGAACCUAUUUUUAACGACGAGUUCACGGAGUUCGGCAAGUGGAUGGACGGGUGGGAAUCUCGGCGGAAGCGUGUGGCGGGGCACGAUUGGUGCAUCAUCAAACUCGGACUGCCAGGCCGCAUUCGGGGCAUCAAGGUGGACACCGCCUUCUUCACGGGAAACCAGGCGCCGCGGUUCUCUCUCCAGGGGGCCUGGCUUCCGCAGGAGCCUGAGGCUUUGACGCAGCUGGGCAGGGCGUGGACGAAGGAUCGGCUAGGGUCCGCAGCCGGCGCGGACGAGAUGGCCAGGGCUGCGUCGCUGGGAUCUGAGCAAUGGGAGGAGGUGGUGGGCAUGACGCCCCUCAGACCUGGAUACGAAGACGGCAGGUGCCACUUUUUCGACAUAAUCUCGGACAGGAAGUACACGCACUUGAGGCUGAACAUGUUUCCCGAUGGGGGCAUCGCGCGGCUCAAGGUGCACGGCAUCGUCGAGCGCUCCUGGGAUGAGGUGCCGCAUGAUGCGGAGAUCGACCUGCUGUCGGUGGAGAACGGCGGCGUCGAGGUUGCGUGCAGCAAUCACCACUACGGAGAGCCGAAGAACAUGAUAAAGCCAGGACGGGGAAUCAACAUGGGCGAUGGCUGGGAAACUGCGAGAAAGAAAGAUCGUCCCGCCGUCCUAGAGGUCGGACCCGACGGCCUGGUUAAGGCACCGGGAAGCGAUUGGGCUAUUCUCCGGCUGGGGGUGAUCGGAGAGGUAAAGCGCCUCGUCGUCGACACCAACCACUUCAAAGGAAACUUCCCGGAAAGCAUCCUAGUGGAGGGGUGCCUAUCCCCCGACGCCCUCGACUCGGAUUUCGCGGACGGAGGGGAGCGCAUGCCGUGGCGCCCGUUGCUGCCGAGGCACAAGGCCGGCUCCAGCAGAGAGCACGUCUUCGAGCUUGGCAAGGGAGAGAUCGAGAACCUGGGUCCCAUCAGCCACCUUUCCAUGAUGCCCGACGGGGGCGUAAUGAGACUCAGGGCCUUCGGGCAACGGGCCCCUAGUUCCCGCCUGUAAACACGAAGCCUUGGCUGGUGGCAAGAGCAAUCUGCGACAUGGAUCUCGCGCUAUUUUUCCGAUUAUUUUUCCCGCGUCUGAGAGAGGAGUUUUGGUCGAAAGCGCCGAUGAAGUCCUGUUUAUCAAGUACAGGGAAAUGUUUGUGACACAAUUGUUGGUGAUCGUUGGUGGCGAAAUUGGGGGGG